AGGAACUGUCAUGGCGGCCGCCGGGAGAUUGUAGUAGUGUGUCAGAGAGACAGAGCGCGGACUGUUCUGUUCAUAUUAUUGAACUGUGUUUAUUAUCUUAUUAAGGACACUUGAAUGUGAACGUCUUUUAAACAUGGGGACCGUGCACGCCAGGAGUCUGGACCCUCUUCCUAUGCAAGGCCCUGAACUGGGGGUUCAGGCAGACGACAUGGAUCUGGGGGAACCAGAACGUGAAGAAAAGCAGGAAGUUCUUGAAAAUAAAGAUGUUGUUGUACAACAUGUGCACAUUGAUGGACUCGGACGAACAAAGGAAGAUAUUUUAACGUAUGAGAUUGCAGACGUUUUCCAUGCCAAAAACUUGAUAGAUGUAAUGAAGAAGUCCCAUGAGGCCAGACAGAAACUUUUACGUCUGGGGAUUUUCAGACAUGUGGAAGUGGUCAUCGACACUGCUGAAGGUGCAGAUGCGCUGCCAAACGGCCUGGACGUGACGUUUGAGGUGAAGGAGCUCAGAAGAAUGACAGGAAGUUACAACACCAUGGUUGGGAACAACGAGGGCAGCAUGGUCCUGGGGAUCAAACUGCCCAAUGUGCUUGGCCGCGCUGAGAAGCUGACCUUUCAGUUCUCUUAUGGUACAAAGGAGACCUCGUACGGUCUGUCGUUCUUCAAGCCGCAGCCAGGACACUUUGAGCGCAACUUCUCUCUAAACUUGUACAAAGUGACGGGUCAGUUUCCCUGGAGCUCCCUCAGAGAAACUGACAGAGGAGUCUCCGCUGAGAUCAGUUUCCCGAUCUGGAGGACGAGUCACACACUGAAAUGGGAAGGAGUGUGGCGAGAGCUGGGCUGUUUGGCCCGAACGGCUUCUUUUGCAGUCAGAGAGGAGAGUGGACAUUCACUAAAGUCGUCACUCGCUCAUGCAAUGGUCAUAGACACACGCAACUCCACCAUCCUGCCAAGAAAAGGUGCCUUAUUGAAGAUCAAUCAGGAGCUGGCCGGUUACACUGGAGGAGACGUCAGCUUUCUGAAGGAGGACUUUGAAAUUCAGCUCAACAAGACCCUGUUCUGGGACUCGGUUCUCAGCACCUCUCUGUGGGGCGGCAUGUUGUUACCACUGGGUGAAAAGGCCUCCAGCAUUGCUGACAGGUUUUAUUUGGGUGGUCCUACCAGUGUGAGGGGCUUCAGCAUGUACAGCAUCGGCCCUCAGAGCGAAGGAGAUUACCUCGGUGGAGAGGCCUAUUGGGCUGGGGGGGUUCACCUCUACACCCCUCUUCCAUUCAGGCCUGGGCGAGGCGGAUUCGGGGAUCUUUUCAGAACACAUUUCUUCCUCAACGCCGGAAACCUGUGUAACCUCAACUACGGGGAAGGGCCACGGGCUCACCUCAGCAAACUGGCCGAGUGCAUCCGCUGGUCAUAUGGAGCUGGUAUUGUGCUGCGUCUGGGGAACAUCGCUCGACUGGAGCUGAACUACUGCAUUCCUAUGGGCGUCCAGAGCGGAGACAGGAUAUGUGACGGAGUGCAGUUUGGGGCCGGAAUCCGCUUCCUGUGAUUUCUCGAUUGUGGUGUCACUUUCUACCUGUGAUUUAAAGGAUAUUCAUACAAAUUCCAUUUCAAAUGCAAAGUAAUGCAGUGAAUGUUGGUGGAUUUUUUAGUGUUGACAAACAUGCUAAAAAAGGAAAACGAUAUAAAACCAAAAAUGUUUGUUAGGAUCUGUCUCCCUUUUUAAAAUUCAUUGGCACUUGAGUGGGGAAUAUAUAUGGACAUCAGUGCUCUUAUUGUCAUAUUUAUUUGUCAAUAAACAACGUCUCUGGCCUCAA